AUGGAAGCUAUAGUAAAGAACGCUAUACAGCAAUUUUGUGAAGAAAAUAACAUCUUGCAGGAUUUUCAACAUGGCUUCAGGAGAGGACGUUCCUGCCUCUCAAAUCUGCCAGCUUGUCUGGAAAUCUGGACCAGGGCUCUAGAAGAGGGUUUUGAGGUCGAUGUCGUGUACAUCGAUUUUCGCAAAGCUUUUGACACUGUCCCGCACCAACGUCUUCUUCACAAAUUGAGCGACAUCGGCAUCCGGGGAGAUCUUCUGAACUGGAUAAGGGCGUUUCUGGUUGGUCGGAAACAACGUGUCUGUAUCGAGGAUGAUAUGUCAGAAUGGGUUAAUGUGACCAGUGGUGUGCCGCAAGGCUCAGUUCUGGGACCCCCGCUCUUCAUCCUUUACGUUAACGACAGCCUUCAGGAACUCGACUGCGGCAAAGUAAUGUUUGCAGACGACGUUAAGCUCUGGCAAGUCAUUAAGGGUCCGAAUGAUUAG